GUUGCCCUCGCUGGCUUGAUCCUGGGCCUCGACGUCUCGUCGUUGGCUGUUUUCAUGGGCUCAGAGCAGUUCAAGAGAUACUUCAACAACCCCAACAGCCUCGCCCAGGGCCUUAUGGCUGCUUCCAAUCCUCUAGGGGCUUUCUUUGGAUGCAUUCUCUCUGGCUUUCUCAAUGACAUAAUUGGCAGAGUUACGACUUUAAGAAUCUCGUCGAUGCUCUGGAUCAUUGGCUCUGUGGUCUCUAUUUUUGUGUUUAAUGUCGAGAUGGUAAUCGCAGGCAGAUCCAUCAAAGGGCUCUCUGUUGGAAUCUUUUCUGCUUCUUUGCCAGUCUACGUAUCUGAAAUUAUUCCUGCCUACAAGAAAGGCUUUGUAAUGUCGAUUAUUCAGUGGUCUUUAACUUGGGGAAUCCUAUUGAUGUUUUUCUUGUCUUACGCUUGCUCGACCAUUCAAACAGAUUAUUCCUUUAGAUUAGCCUGGGGUAUUGAAAUGAUUCCUGGCCUAUUAUUCUUUUUUUUCUCCUUCUUUUUACCCGAGUCUCCCAAAUGGUUAGUCUCAAAAACUCGUUUUUCUGAGGCUCAUAAAAUUUCAAUCAAUUUAGAAAAUCUAAGAUACAGAAAAUCAAAAAUAAUCGUCAACAAUAACAAUGAAAAAUUCUUGAAUAAUAUAAAUAUAUCUAAUGAUUAUACUGAUAAUAAUAAUAAUAAUAAUAAUAAUAAUAAUAAUAAUCUCUUUGGUAAAAAUUUAUACAAACACACUCUAUGUGGAAUCACUGUUCAAUCUGUUGUCCAAUUAACUGGUAUUAAUGUCUUGAUGUACUUUCUUGUCUAUAUUUGUGAAAUGAUCGGCCUUCAAGGUGAAGCCAAAAUUAUCGCUGCCUCAAUUCAAUAUAUAAUCAAUGUCCUAUUCACCAUUUUCCCAAUCUUAUGGCUAGAUAAUUUAAAGAGAAAAGAUGUCAUAGUCUUUGGUUCUGCUUCUUUAAGCCUUUGUCUUUUAUUCAUUUCUCUAGUCAUGGCAAUAUAUGGCCAUCAAAUUCCUCCUUUAAAUGGUAAUCCCUCCAUCCAAUGGCAAGUAAAAGGCAAACCCGGUUCUACUGUUUUAGCUUUAUGUUAUCUCUUUGUUGCCAUCUUUGCAUCCUCUUUAUCCUGUGCUGCUUGGCUUUAUACCGGUGAAAUCUUUCCAGUGAGAGCAAAAGGAAAGGGAACUGCUGUUUGUAUGGCCGUUUCUUGGUUUUUAAGUACUUUACUAACUUUAGUUGGCCCAUUAUUAUUACAACAUUUAAAAUGGGCAACUUUCAUGAUAUUUUCGGUUAUCUGCUUUAUUGGGAGUAUUUUAAUAGGUAUAUGUUUUCCAGAAACAAUGAAUAAAUCAAACAAUGAAAUUGAAUAUUUAUUU